AUAUCCAUGUGAAGAAAAUCAGGGGCCCAAGGCUAGAGGGUAUUUGAGUAUGAUUAACAGAAGGAGAACGAGAAGGUAAAAUAGGGUAAUAUACUAUAGACCGCUUGGACAGAAAGAGGGAUCAUCCAAGGAGUUUGGGGGAAAAGCCACUAACUAGCUUUAUCUGGAGGCGUGAUGUGCCGUUUAUGGUGGACUUCCAUUCUCUAGGAAUCAGGACAAGUUUCCCAUCUGCCCAAAACACAAGGGUUGAUCAAUUCUUGAUUUUUCAUGAAAAUUUGAUUCUUUAAAGGGUAGAGACAGUGCUAGACCUGAUUCUCAUCGAUAGGGAGGAAUUAAUUGUCAAAGUAGAAGUGAUGGGGAGCCCGGAAGGCAAGUGAGCACUCUAUCUUAGGAGGAAAGGAAAGCCAAGUUGCCAGUUUGGGAGUUGUAUUCUUUCUCAAUGGCAUAAGUAUACAAUGAGAAAAUUGCUGGGAGGUAGCCUGGCAGAAGCAGCUGAGUGCACCGUGGUUUGAAUUUUUCUCACAGACUUAGACGUGACUUGGGGAAGGGUCAUGUAGGGAGUAAAUAAAUAGCAGAGAUGGUAUUUGAACCCAGAUCUUUUGGAUCUAGAGCCAGAGAACUUUUUACAAUGGCAGAGCCCUCUAUUAGGCUGUCUGAAAGCAAAAGAAACUCCAGGUUUGAAGUUGGAAUCUUGCUUCUGUGCUUCAUUGGGCAAGUCAUUUCUCCUCUUUGGGCCUCGAUUUCCUUCUCUGUAAAAGGAAGGGAUUGGACUGAGUGAUCUCUAAAUUCUCUUCUGGCUGUGCAUCCCAGCAUCCCUUGUGAGCUCCAUGAGGGUAUAAUCCAUGUCUUAUUUGGCUUCAUCUAUCUCCCAGUGCCUACCACAAUGCCCUGCACACAGUAGGCGCUGAGCAAGUGUUUGUUUAAUUGAAUUGCACCCUGCCAAGUGAGGCCUCUGGUUGUGAUGUGGCCUAGGGCACUAAGCAACCUGUCACCUCAGAUCACCAUUCCCUGCUGGGGCAGGGACUUGGAGACUCCUGGAGAUGAACUGAUUCUUGUAGAAAGAUAAUGACAAGGUGUGAGAUAGCCAGCCCUACUCCUCUGCUCAUUAGGGCCCUGGCAGAACAGCUGUGGGUUUAAUGAGGCCAAGGCCAGAGUCAGAUGCUAACUGAACAUACAUGUGAAGACAGUGGGUGGGGGGGAAUGACUGUAAUGCUUUCUGGGAAACGGCAGGCCAUAGUCUCAUCUGCCUCCUUAUCUAGCCCAUCCCACUGAAGAUUCACAUUUCAAAUGAUCCCCUGGGAUGGAGAGAGAACAGAAAAAUCAGGCCUGGUAAGCAGACUUUAUAUUUAUAGGGCAUUAGGAGAUACGGAAGCUCCAACACUGCAGAUGGCUCUUUGGAAAGCUAUUUGUCUAGCAUUGUGGGAGCAGAAAUCAUAUUGGAUUUGAAGUCAGCGGACCUGGAUUAGAGUUCCUGGCUUGCCUCUCCUUGUGUCACCCUUUCUGUUCUGCCAUCUGUAAAAGAAAAGAGGGAUCUCCAAGAACUCUUUAUCUAGAUCUUCAUAACCUUGUUGUAAGGGAGAAGCAAUUUUGUUUUCUUAAGAUCUUUUACUGAUUUUUUCUUACCUUGUUAUCCAGAGUGAAUAAACCAGAUCUUAUUUAGGGGAAUGAGAUAGGUCAAAAUCAUGCCUGUGCUUGGAGAGUGACUGACAUGAGACUAUCCCAUCUGGAUCGUGUCCUAUCCCAACAAGAUAUCUUGUAGGGCCAGGAAGCAACUGGGAGUUUUCUGGAAAACCCUUCAGUACUCUGAGGACCUUUGAUUUCAUGACUGUGAAUUCCUUACAAUGUAGCUUGUAGCUCCUGCCCCCCACAUUCAUACUAUUGUGAAGUAGAAGGACAAUUGUCUCCUCCUUUUUUGUCCCUGAUGAUCCCCCUCCCCUUGCAUCCCUCUCAUCUGGAGGCCAAAUAUUCCUAGUUUUAAUCUAGUCCUCCCAGGAGGAUAUGAGGUCCAGGUCUUUCCCCGUUCUGGUUGCCCUCUUCUGGAUACUCUUCAGCUCAUCAGUAGCUCUUAGAACUGAACAAUAUGGUCUGCCCAGAGCAGGACAGUAAAGACCCUUGUUUUAGACACCAUGCCUCUCUUCGUUCAUCCUGUAUCAAUCCUCUUAUAGCUGUCUUUGUUCCUCUUCAUCUAUAAAAUGAUGGCACUGGUCUAGAUAGUCUCCAAGGUCAAUUCUAGCUCUAAAAUCCUGUGGUUCAUUCUAGAUUUGGCUCUGUGUUUUCACCAUGACAUAUAGCUACAGUUCUGAAGGCAGACGAGGAAGUAUGCCAAAGGGCAUUGGAAACUGUCCUUCCUAAUCAGGCAGCAGAGAGAAGUUUUCAGGACAGGAACAUGAGAGACUUCAGGAUAGGUACUGGGAAAAGUUUCCUGUUUUGUAGAGUUGUGAUACACUGGAUUCUCUUUGCAGGGGAAGUUGGGAAAGCCAUUCCUUUGAUGGUUUAAAGGAAACAUUUAAACCAGCAAACUUGGUAAAAACGUUUAAGUGCUUUCUGAGUGCAGGGCAUUGUGCUGGAGAAGAGGAUACAUUUAGCUAACACGUAGAGAGCCCUUGCUUUAAUGGAAGGAAGAUUCAUUUUCAGGGUGGUUUGGGGAAGUUGUAAGAAGUGGGGUGGAGGCCUUAGAGCCCUCUGUACUUCAGAUUUUAAAUCAGAGGGACAACUCUGAGUAGACUUGCUUUGGUGAGCCUGUUACCUGGGUGGGAAAUGGGGAGGAGCCAAGGCUGGUAGGUCCCAUCCCUUGGAGGAAAGAGGUCACCUAUACUCUGCUAGGAGCCAGCUGGUACAUGGCAGCUCCUUGAGGAGAGUCUGAACCAGGAUACUUAAGCAGCUUAAACAGGACACCUAGCCCAGAUUUCUCCAGAGUGUCAAACCAAGGGGGCUAAGAAGAAGCAGGAAGCAAGCUUGGGGUAGGAGUGGAGAUUUCAGGGCCAGAGCAGGAGGUCCUGUAUAUAAGGUAACAUUUGAAUCCAGCUUUGAAAGUAAUCUCACAGAGAAGCAGGGAUGGAUAGAGAGAUGGCCUCAGCCUGCAAGCCCUGGGGUAGAGUCCUGCCUGUGUGCCCUAGGCCACUUUCUUUGACUUAUGUCACAGAGUGGGUGUCAGUCUGCAUUAGUAGAGAGAGUUUCCCAUGCCAGUGAGAUUCCAAGUCCAGUUCUUACCCCCACUUUGAAAAGGCAGGCAUGAGAAGAGACAGGAGAGAUGGAUAGCCUGUGCAAAGUCACAGAGACCGUGACCACUAUCAAGAUGGCCAGCUUAGCUGAACUCCAGAGUAGACCAGGAGGGAUAAUAUAGAAUGAGGCUGCAAAGGGAGGUUGGAAGCAGGCUUUAAAUACCAAACAGAGAGUUUGCACUUGAUCUUAAAGCAAAUAGGGAGCCACUGUGGUGUAUUCAGCAGGGGAGUAAGAUGGUCAAGGUCUGUUAAUUUGCAAUAUCACUUUGGCAGCUGUGUGCAGGAUAUAUUGGAGAGGAGAGAGACGUGAAGCAGGAAGACUUACAGUAGUCUGGGUGAGAGAUGACAAAGGCCUGGACCACUAUGGAAGCCAUGUGAUACGGGAGACGGGAAUGGCUGCUAUAAGAGUUAUUGUGGAACUGGAAUUGCCAAAACUUGGGAACCGAUGUGGUAUAUGAGGUGACAAUGACUCUGAGGUAACAACUUGGGUGAUGGAAUGGGCAGCGGUGCCCUCAACAGAAUAGAGACUUCACAAGAGUGUGGGGCAAAGAUACUGAGUUCAGCUUUAGAUAUGUUAAGUCUGAAAUGCUUAUAAGACAUCCAGUUGUAAAUUCCAGUAACUAGUUGGCGAUGUUGGAAUAGAAAGCAGGAGAGAGAUGGGCCAGAUAGAUCUGGCAGUCAUUGACAAAGAUAUGAUUACUAAAUCCGGAGGAGCUAAUGAGGUCACCAAGGGAAUGCAGAGAGGGCCUAGGAGAGAGGUUUAGGGAUAUGCCCCCAUUUGAGGAUAAGAAUAACAAAGGAGACUGAGAAGUAGCAGCUGAGCAGGAAGGAGAACCAUGGGAGCUAGAGCCCAAGAAAAUCCAGAAAAGAGAAAGUAGCCAGGAGGAGAGAGAGGGCAACAGGGCCAAAUGCAGUAGAUAGAUGGAGAAGGUUGAGGACUGGGGAAAUGCCAUGAUCUUGCAGUUAAGAGAUCAUUGGGAACUUUGGAAAGAGCAAUUUCAUUUGAGUGAUGAAGAUGAAAACUACAUUACAAGGAGUGAGGGAAGAAGUAGAAACAAUUAGUGUAGACAGCUGUGAAAGGGAGAGUUAAAGGAAGAUUGUUUGAGGGGAUGAUAGGGUUCAGUGAGGGCUUUUUAAGGAUGGAAGGAGACUGGGCAUGUCUAUAAGCAAUAGGGAAUGAGUUAGUAUAUGGGGAAAGAUUGAGGAUGUUAGCGGUGAGGGAAUGAUUCUGUAGAGAAUGGGAUCAAGAGGACAGGUUGAGGGAUUGGCCUUGGCAAAAAAAGAAGGGCAUCUUUUUCAUGGAAGAUCAAAAUUAAGAAGGAGCAAAUUGAGGAUGCUAUCAAGGAGUUUUGAGAAGUAGAGGCAAGGAAAAGAGGAAGCUCACAGAGAAUGGUUUCCAUUUUCUCAAUGCAUUCUAACUCGAGGUCUUUUCUGGGGAAAUUUGGGCAAAGGCGUAUACAGGAAGCUUGAGAAGAGGAUUGGAACAGCUUCCUUUGGGGAGUGUGUUGAAAAUUAGAGAACUGUAAAGGGACUUCUGUGCUACAGUAAGGGGCCACUUGAAAUUAGGUAGCAUAAAUUUAUAAUAGAACCAGUUGGCAUUUGGGGAACUUCCUCCAGUAUCAUUGAACAAUACAUGAGCAAGAGCAAAAGAUUGACAAGCCAUGAGCAAUAAUCGAAAGAAAGGUCAAGGAAUUAAAAAGUUGAAAAUAGUGUAAUAUUGAAUUGCUUGUCUACUAUAAGGUGAAACCAGACCAAGAGUGGUAUGCUAGGAGCACACCAAAGGAGAAGGAAAGGAUUGGAAGUCAUGGUGUAGGUGAAGAAGACGUUUAGGAGGAAUUGAAGCAGAGGAAGAGAGGAGAUGAUAGGAUGCACUAGACCUUAUUGGAAUUUCCACAUUUUGGAUUGUGGAAAUGAAACACUCGGAUGUUAUGGCGAUCUCAGCAGUGGGACCUUCUCUGUGUGGACUUGGGUGGAAUGAAGGAGUAAAUCCUAGAAGUUGAGGAGCCUGAGAAACUGGGAGGCCAGGUCAUUAAGGAGCAGAACUGGAAUUCCAACUCGGAUCUUCUGGCUCCCAAAUCUAGGGCACUCUCCAUUACACCACAGCAGUUUGCUUAACUCAUUGUCACAGUGACUCAGUUAAUCCUCUCUACUAAUGAGUGAAAUUGGAAUUGAUUGCAGUAAGGGAAUUUCCUUGUCACCCUGAGCCCCUUUCCCCUGGGCCAUUCUUUAGGGAAGUUCCCAGGAGUUGGAAUUAGGGCUGAAAGAUCUAAAUGCUAGUCCCAACUCUUCCCAGAUCCAUCUUGGUGCCCUUAGCCAAGUCAGACUUGCCCUCUCCGUAGCCUAGCCCUCCUCCAUCUCGAAAGCAAAGGAGAAUCACCCUGAAUAGAUGCCCUGCAAAAGAAUGGCAUCUUAUUGAAUUAGAUUUGUGCUCAGAUGACCUGGGUUCAAAUCUCAGCUCUGCUAUUUAAUCUGUCAGUUCAGGCAAAUCCUGUCCCCUCCUUUCUUCAUUGUGUCAAGGACCCUUGAAACUAUUUGGGUCUCCUUCUUAGAAUUCUGUUUUCAAAUGCAUAAAAUCAAAUGUUUGGAUGACAAAAGAAUCCAAUUAUGCUGAAAUGCAAUUAUCAGAAUAUUUUUUCAAAAAAUGAAUUUACCACCCCCAGGUGAAGAACCCCUGGGCUAGAUGGUCUCUAAAGUCCCUUUCAACUCUUGACAUUCUAUGAGUGUGAGUGAGUCUAAGAUUUAGGAAACCAGGAUUUGAAUAUUGUCUUUAAUGUUAGCUUUGUGACCCUGGGCAAGUCACAUUGCCUCUCUAAGCCUCAGUUUCCUCAUCUGUAAAAUGUGGACAAAAAUACUUCUCAUACCUCCUGCCAGACAGAAUAGUUGGGAAAGAGCAUGCUUUUGCCAAUGUGAGCAACUUUAUCAUCAAGGCACCAAGGCUGGCAGGCUGUUGCAAGAAGACAUGAAAUCAUUUGGAUCACGGAACAGCCGGGACCUUAGAGGUCCAUCCAGGCAAAAUCCCCCUCAUUUUUGCAAAUGAGGAGACUGAGGUUCAGUGGCCUGCUUAAGGUCACACUAGUAGUAUGGCAGAGCCAGGAUUGGGAGCUGAGGGUCUCUAAUCCCUCAUCCUGUCCUCUUGCCACCAUACUGUCCUGCCUCUAAACAAGCAUAAGACUUUGGAGAUUUGCAAGGCUCCAGGGCCCAGAUCUCUAUUUCGUAGAAUUUACGGCCCCCUGGGAAACUUAGAAAAGGUGGUUUUCAGCCAACAAGGUGGAAAGCUCACUCUGCACAGUACAGAGUGUGCCUUAGGAGUGUCUGGCUGCCAGAGGGGGCAAGACCGAAAACGGAAAUCCCUUCAAUGACAAUCGAUGGUUGUUGAAUUAUGGGUUAUUGAAGAGACAAACUCCUUUCUAAGUAAGUUGUGUACACAGCUACACUCACACACAGAUACAUGCUCACACCUAAAGUGGAAUUUGGUUCCUAAAAGAUCAUAGAAUCACAAAAUGUCAGAGCUGGAAGGGCUUCUACUGUUAGAAGUAGAAUAUCGGAUGUGACCUUUGGAGGGGCCCCUCAAGAUCAAAGCACCCUCUCGUUUUACAAGCUGGAUGACCACUUGUCGGGAGGGCCAAAGCGGGGCUUCCCGGUCAGGAUCAGAUCCCUUCGAUCUCUGAGAUUUGGGGAUUCUCUGUGAUCUUGAAAGAGAAACCCAAAGCAGGAGGCUGGCUGGACAGGACUUGCUUAAGGUCACACAGCCACUCCAGUGCAGAGCUGGACCAUAAGCCUCAAUUUCUGACUUCUAACCCAAUAUUCUUUCUACAACACACCACUUGUAUGUGACUUGGUACCUCCUUUGGUACCACCUUUGGUAUCAUCACCUGAGUGAUCUUGGACAAGUCAGGUCCCUUCCUUGGGACCUCCGUCCUCCCUUCCCCCACAAAAUAAGGGGAACACCACUAGGUGAGCCAAGUCGGUGACCUCUUAGAGCUCUACAAUGCUGUGAUCCUGUUGUAGGCGCAAAGCAAGGUUCACCGGGAUCCUGAAAUGUUCUUCUAUUGGGGACUGUCUGUUGCCUCUCCUUCUCUCGUGCUCGCCCCAAGGUGCUGGGCCUGCCUUGGGAUCUACCUCCUUCCCUUUUCUUCCCCCCUCUCCUCCUUGUCCUCUUCCUCCUCCUCCUCCUUGUUGUCCUCCUCCUCCUCCUUGUCGUCCUCCUCCUCCUCCUCCUCAUCGUCCUCUUCCUCCCCCUCCCUCUCCCUCUCAUCUUCCUCCUUCUCUUUCCCUCUCUCACCUCCCCCUUGGCAACCUUCCUGGCUGCUGUUGCCUAGGGACUUCCCCAGCACGUGCCCUGGGCCCCAUGGCCACUGGGGCCUGGGCUGAGAGCCCCGCCCAAUCGGGGCCGAAGGGACAGAUCGCUGCCUCUGCUGCCCCCACAGGCAGGUCGGGGUUUUUCCUUUCUUUUCUUUUCUUAUCUUCUUUCAACUAGAUUAACCAGAAGUAAGUUUCAGGCUCUCUGGGGCUGAGGAAGCAGCGCGGAACCGGCCACGACCACAGGUUUCUGCCGCUCGGCCUGGCCCAGGUUGGACAGAAGCAGCAGGGUAUGGAUUGAAACACUAAAAGGUUAAAUUGAUGGAUGACCAACAAGAUAAGGAAUCUGCCUCAGAGGACGGAGGAACCAGACUGAUUAAUGGGAUGAAAGAAAAUGGCUCAAAUGACCAGGAUUUGAUGGUGAAGCUGGCAGCAUCGACAUUGCAGACCCUGACAUUGACACCCAAAGAGACUCUAGUGUCUACCAGGGGCCUUCUGCCUCUAACUUCCAAGAAGCCCUGCCUACCAAGUCCUCCAUCUCCCCUGAGGUUGACCGAUGCACCCGAGCAUUCUUCCAAUGACUCCUCUGUGCAUGCCAUUGCCCUUACAUCUGGUGUAACCAAGGGCCUGAACACAUGGUCAUUGCCAGAGGACUGUGAGAAGGCUCCACUCUCCAUCAUGGAACCCGGAGGUAUGUCAGCCCUUACUGGUGACUGCCUUAUGCAGCCCAGUCGGACUUGCCUAGGCUGCUUCAUUGAAUCCAAGGAUGGAAUCGAUGCAGAACCAGGUAUCAGCUUGAAACCAGGUGAUAUAAAUAGGGAUUAUGAUACCUGUUCUGUCUCUGAUAUAGGGAUUCAUUGUAUGAACACAGGAGAAACCAUGAGAUAUGGGGAUGAGCUGCUUUCUGACCAGCUCCUAGGCUUCCCUCUUCAUAAAUCUAGGGCAGGAGAUAAAAGAGACACAGAGAAAUCUGACAGUGACUCAGAGGACCCCACUCAGAAAAAUUAUUAUGAGGGAUUACUAUUAGAUAAAUGCAAUGGGGAGGAAACUCUGCUUUCAAAUACUAAUCAGGAAUGGGGCUACUUUGAAUCUUUCAUUAGUGAGAGCAAGAUUGAGCUCCUUGACCUCUGCUCAAAAAAUGAGCUGUCAGUCAACCUGUUUUCAGAGGAGGAUGUAGACAACUAUAUGUUUGAUGAUGAUGACUCAACUCUAGGCAGUGAUGUCUGCUCCCUGAAGAUCCGAUAUGAAUCCUUCCAGGACAAUGUGCGAGACAAGACCAAUGUCCUACAGGAUGAUGCCCAGUUCAACUUCUUCCCCAGUGUUUUCACCAGCUGCUCCAAGCGGGAGGCAAAAGGUGGGGGCCUGAAGCGGAGUGGAGACUCUUCCCAGUUCAAAGUCCCUGUGGAGAGUAUCAUCUGGGGGGAGGAGGAAGAGGAGGAAGAGGAGAUGAAAAAGAGGGAUCAGGAAGCUGAAGUCCAGGAGAACAAGGUGGGGGGAGAAGAAAAGGAGCUGGGAAAGGCAUCCACUAUAAGCAAGUCAUGCAAGGGCUCUGAUGCAGUCAAGUAUGUGAAUUCCAAGCGGAACCCGUUUCUUGACUCUGCCAACUCUGCUGAGGACUCUGGGGAGUUGAGUGAUGACAGUUCCUGCACUGAAUCCUCAUAUGAUGCCUUGAAAGAGAUAAAGGAUUGUAGCCGCUAUCUUACUCGUGAUUCUCAUUCUGGAUCCUCUUCCUCCACCACCACCAUCCAACAGAACUAUGGACUGAGGGCCAAAAGGAAAGUCCGAUAUAGUGAAGACUAUCUAUAUGAUGUUGACUCCAUAGACAGUGAGAGGAUGUGUGAGAAGAAGGAGUGGCAGCCGGACGGGCAGAAGGAGGAGGAUGAUGAUGAGUGGUGCCCCAAGAAGAGGCGGAAAGUAUCCCGCAAGGAACCCCCAGUCAUUAUCAAAUAUAUCAUCAUCAAUCGCUUCAAGGGUGAGAAGCACAUGCUGGUGAAGCUAGGUAAGGUGGAUGCCAGUGAGAUGACAGUAACAUUGAGUGGGGACCUGCUCCACAAGUAUGCCAGGCUGGCCCCACUGAAGGGCUUCUGGCAAGAGAAGCAACAGAACCGCCUUGAUUCCCUUAGAUCCACCCUCUGUCACAAGCAGAACUUCCACCCAAAUGGCCUUGAGGCCCCAUUCCCAACUCCUCCUCGGAAAAGAAAGUGCAAACUGGCCAACCGCCAUAGGAUCCAGAGAAUCCAAGCCAUUGAGCAAUCGGCAAACAAACAGGGCUCCUCCUGUGAGCAGAAGCAAGGCAGUGGCAGUAAAGAAGAUGCCUGCCAGAAAGGCACACUUCAUACUGGGGCUAGAGCUGCCUCCAGCUCUGCCAGUGAAGUGCAUUUCAAGGACAUGGCUGGGCCUGACUCAGUGAAGAACCGAACACAAGACCGAGAGUUUCGGAAAGGGCCAGAGAGGAAAGUGCUCCAUCGAAUCAAAUUUAAAAGUGAAGCCAGGUUAAAAAGCAAGAAGAAUAAAGCAGGGCAAGAAAGUGGCAAGGCCGCCACUCAGCCAGCCCUGGAAGGCCAAGAAGCGUGCUCCAGUCUGAAGGAGAACAUCCGUAGAGCCCCAGAAAGCUCCCAUCGAUCGCAUUGUCGGGAAGAUAACACUGCUAAAAAUUCUCUCUUCUUACCAACCACCUGCUCGCCUGACACGCCUCUGCCAUCUGCUAAUAUUGCCACCAAUGUCCCCGUUAUCCCUGGAGGGUAUCUGCAGACAUUGUUAGAUGCAUCAGAUUUAUCAAAUGCUACUGCCAUCUCCUACUUCACCCACCAUCCCCCAGGACAGCAUUCUGCUGCCCUUGCCCAACCCGAAAAAGCAUUCACCUCCCUCCAAACUGGCCAGAGCUGUGUGCUCUCUCCGCCUUCUGAGUCUGAGCUGCAGCACUCACCCCAUCCCCUCAAAAUAAAUGCAAAUCCCUUUGGAAGUGUUUGGUCCAUCAAAGCUAUGACUAGCCCUCAGGACUUUGUGGCCAACGCCCCAGGAAAGACAGCCAGGGAUUUCUCGGGUAAGUUUGGUGGCUCUGAAACAGUUCCAGCAGGGGGUAACCUAUCUGCUGCUAUGUAUAGCCCAAUGGGGAGCAGCAAGCACCCAUACCAUGCUAAAUAUCUGCAGGACAACCAGCUGCCACCCGAUGAUGCCUAUCAGCCCUGCCAUUUCAAUAAUGUAGAGGGCUGCUUUCCUUUCCAGCGGGGCAUGCUCAACACAGACAAUGGCCGGCUCAUUAGCUUUGAUUCUGUGGGCUCACUGUCAGUCAGCUCAAGCAAUUACAGCUCCUUGAGCUUGAAGUCUUGUGAAAAGGAGGGUGAUGAGGAUAUCAAUGAUGACUUCUUAGCUCACUGCAGCCCCAAGCUGGUGAUCCAGCAGAGCAUUGAUGAGAUCACUCCCCUGAAGGAGUCCACUGACCUCUUGGACAUCUCUAACUUCACACCAGACAAAUUCCGCCACUCGUCUCUCUCUGAGAUGUCCCCGCCAGACACCCCUAGCCUUUCUCCACAAAUCACAGGUUCAGAGAAUGGCAAGGCACUAGGGGUGCUAAAGGUGUUCCCAGAGGGCACUCCAGCCACUUUGGGCAAUGGAGAGAAGGUCAAGUGGGAUUGCAGCAGCCUUUCACACCAAGAUGAGACAGGUGAUGGAUUUACUCUAUGUAACCAUCAAUUUCAGUUCCAUAUGUUCAAUGAUGAGGACUCUGUCAGUCUACUCCAAAAAAAUCCUUGCCUGUCAACAUUUAAUGAGCCAUCUGGUCAAAUUAGCACCAAUAGCAAAGUGUCAAAAUCGAAAAAGAAAAGUUCACCCAGCAAGAGUGGGACUACAAACCAAAGCUCUUCCCCAAAAGGCACCAGGAAAAAGACCUCUAAAGCCAACAAUAAAGGAAUUGAAAAGUCACCCGGCAAAGCCUCCCGCCAAACUCCCAAGUCAACAAGGAAAGGGAAGUUUGCAGCAGCUGUAGCCAAUGGUGAGAAAACUCAAGUUGGCAUCAUCCGAGGAGGUGGUCAGCUCAACAGUGCUGCCACAGGAAAGUUGUUGGCAGAAUGUGUACACCAUGGUGGCCCCCCAGCCCCUGUGAAGAUGACAGGCCACAAGGAGUUCUGUGGAGAGUGGACAAUGGGGAAGGACAAUGGCACAAGCUGGACUGAUGUAGGCAUGACCAAUGCCAGUAACCUCCUGGAUGAUGACCAGAGAGAAUUUGAAGAACCUUCAAACAUUUUAUCCAACAUUGCUUCUGGCAUGGCCGAUGUACAGAGAUUCAUGAUGGCCUCCAUGGAGCCCCUUUGGAGUCCAGUUGGCCAUCAUGGAGUUCCUAACACAUACCGCUCCCCUGAGUCCAACAGCUUGAAAUUAAAAACCCUAAAAAUCUUGGCUGGAACACCACAAGAGUCUAAGAAAAAGGCCAAUUGUGGCUCACCAGGAACUAGUAAGAACCACAGGUCGCCCAAAAGUUCGAGCAGAAGCAAUGGCAAAGCAGGUGUAGGUGAUCCUGGCCGGACAAACAUAGUGGGGUACAACUCAGACAUUCACUCUCCCUUCUUGGAUAAAAACUAUAGUAACCUGAGCACUUUAGGCAAUAAUGGACCAACACACAAAAAGUUAUACCGUCACAAAUCCAGCUCAAAAAACCUGAGGGAUGAGAAUUGUAAGGGCAAACGUCAGGAGCGGGAAGCAGCUCCCAAGGACUCAGCUGGGACAUCUACUUUGGAAAAACUGAGGUAAUACUGCAUCAGAAUGGCUCAACACAUCCUUACCUUCCUACUACCUGCCAAGCCUGCAGUCCCACAUUUUUUCCUUCUUCAAAAAUAAGAGUUUGCAUGUAAGAGACCACCCCCAUUUUCCCCCUCUCCCCUUUUGCAAAAUCAAAAAGGAAAAGAAAGGGAAAAGGGGCUCUAGUAGUACUCAUACUUGCAAGCUACCUAGAAAGAAUGGGGGGAAAAACACACAAAAACAAAACAAAAUUAAAAAAAAAAAACACAAAAAAACACAAAAAUAAAAAAAAAGAAUUUCUUUUUCCUUGACUCAGCUGGUAUUAAACACCAACAAGGCUCCUUUUUCUCACCCCCUGAAGUUUUGACUUCAGUUUUUAUUCUUUAUUUCCCAAGGGGGAAAACCCCAACAGUAAUAAGAUGUGCUCAUCUUAAUGAUUUAUUUAGAAAAAGGAAAGACUUCAUGGGGGACCCAGCUCUUUGUAAAAACUAAAAGAGUUUAUGAGUUUAUGCACGAAAGCAAAAUGGCUUCAGUGGAAAGGAUCCUUAGUUGGACAUUUGAAAGCUCAUCCCUUCCUGAGCUGCAUGUGGCCGAGUUGAGAGCUUUGUGGCCCCCUCUGCUGUUUAUAUCUUUGCCUGCAUCCUUCCUUCGGCAUCCACCACAGCCUAGUUAUUACACUGCUCCAUGACCCUGUGGUGGGUUAGCCAGGAAAGCUAAGGAGUUUGAUUUUUCUGCAGGGAAUCCAGCCUACGGGCUUCUUAAAGCAGAAACGGCAUUUUGAGGUUUUUCCUGUGUUGGAAUACAAGGCUUAUUAUUACUCUUCUCUAAAAAGACAUUUGAUGUUUGUUUUCUGUUUCUUUCAAAAUAUGCCUUGUGGUAUGUUGACAUGUAAGUGCUGAAAUAUGGUGAGUUUGACUUUAUGGGAAUACUUCUUUCUGAGCAAGCCCCAAGCUGGGAUUCUCUGUGAAAGACUUGAAAAGAGUCAUACGGUUGUACAGUAGGUGAUGCACUAUGGCCCAAAAGGAAGAAAAACCACAAAAUGAUUGUGCCAAACUGACAAACAAGUGACUGGACUGGAAACAUGUUUCCUUCUUUCUCAGCAUUGGGUUGUGAGUGUUUGGGGAAUUUAGCCCCUUUGAUUUAACCAGAAACAUUCCAGUGGUCUGCUAAUAACCAACCCAACUUCCCUGGGCAGCAGCUCUAGCUCCAGGGGAAAUUGGGUUGUUCAUUUACACCAAUUUACCAAAACUUAUGGACAAGGUUAACAAUGUGCCAAAUUGACUGACCUCAUUUUCACAGAUGCACCCCCACAGUUUACAGCUCAAAAGCAUUCUAUCUUACACGUCACACACACACACACACACACACACACACACACACCUGCUAGACAAACACUAAAGUCCUGUGUAGAAACGGGACCAAAUCGACAAGGUGAUGAGAUCUUUUUAUUAACUCUCUCCUUGCCGAAGAGUUGAGUUAUAGUAGAAGACUAGAGAAAACGCCAGGUAAGUCCGGUAUAGGAACUCGAGUGUACACAUUUAAAGAACAUUUUCCAAGGAAAUGAAACAGUUGCUCUGAAAAGUUUCUGUUUUCUAAAAGCAAACUCUGUAGCUGAAGAUUAUUUAAAGUGCAAAGUUAUAUUGCUGAGCCUUUGUAUCUCCGUUUUAUAUCUUUUCUAAGAACCUGGGGAAAAUUCUAAAUCGGCAUCAAAUCCAUGCUGAGGAUGAACCGAGUGCGUUGAUUGUUGCUUAAAGCAUUUUAUCCUGCUUUGUGUCUUCUCUGGCUUCAAUGUUCUUGGAGUAUUUCAUUUCAUAAUGCUAAUGUCAACGUGACCUGUGUUCGGGAUUUUAUUGAGUAUUUUUGUUUGAUCAUUUAUUUUAACCCUUUGAGUUGAUGUCGUAGAACCCAGAACGAUCUUGGGGGGAUGAGUCAGUUAGGGCCAAAUAACCUUCAUUGGGGGAUAAGCCCACUCAACCAAAUCCCAAAAGAAACAAAAUCUCUUUGCCUAGUGCCACAGUUCACACAUCCACUACUAUCUCCCUCCCUUUGGCCCCUCUUAACACUUGCCCCUAGUUAAAAAUUGAACAUCUCUUUUACUUGCAGUGGAGAGCCUCCAUGUCUGAUGCAUUUUGAUCCAAAAUGAGAUUCGGAGGGGGGGGUGAAUUGAGCACUAUACAGGGGUUGUUAUUAUUCUUUAUCUCCAGAAUUAUUACUAGGCUUACUCACCUAGGAGCUUGUGGGCUGGGGUGGGGAAAAAGAGGUAAAGUGGGUGGGAGAGCAAGCUUAGGAAGCAAGAAAAGGCCAGUAAGGAAAGGGAGAAUGUGAUAGGUUAGGAGUUGAGAAAGGGACAAUGCUUAUUUUGAAGGGGAGAAUGUGAGCAUGGGUAUUUAAAGAGAUAGUGACUAGUUAGUUGUUGCCUUUCUGCUGUGUUCACGCGGAGCUUUAGAAAGGCGCCAGAAAAGAUACGGAAGGAGAAUCAUUCAGAAGCAUCGAAUGUCAGAACUGGGAGAGACCUUAGAGAUCGGUGACUCCAGCUCCCUCAUUUUACAGAGGAAGAAACUGAGGCCCAGAGAGAAGUGACCUGAGGUUAUACCAUGAGUAACUGGCAGGACCAGGACUCAACCCCAAGCUUCCUGACUCCUGAUCUUGGUUCAUGAUUCAUUUCAACAGUCUGCUCUACAGCCAGGAAACACACAGGUAGCAAAAUGAAUAGAGCCAGCUGUGCCCUCAACGUCAAAGCUGACUUUUCCUGGACAAGUGGGCAAGGAGCUAUUUGAAAGGCCAAUGACAGAAUUUAGGCUUUGGCAGUCAACAGACAUUGACUCUGCUGUGUGACUUGGUAACAAUGGAAUCUUGACACCAAGCGAAGCAGGUCUCUUGCUCCAUAGCUGCUGUCCAGAAGUGGGAAAAACCCAACUGGAAUAUUCCGCCACUCUGAGAGGCACAGUGGGUGCUGACUGUGCUGAAUGCAUGAGGCUGGUUCCUAGAGCUGACCAAUUCAAGUUGGUUUAGCAAACUUUUCCUAAUUACCUGUUGUGUUCUGAACAUUGUAUCUCCUCCAGAGAAGAGCACAAAGUUUCACUAAGAUACGGUCUCUUCCAUCAAGGAGCUCCCGAUCUGGGAGGGAGAUAAGACACAAACUCAGAUAACUAUAAUGCACCAAAUUGCGGACAUUAAGAAUAACCUGGGGGCUGUAAGAGCUUUGAAUAGAGGAAUCAUGGCCUGUGGAGGUUAGCAAGGAGGCUUCUUGGAAGACCCUGCAUUUGAAUUGACUGACAAAGGAUAGGUAGGAAGUAAUCAGGUAGGGAGAGGUAGGGAGGACAUUCCAAGCAAAAACAACGUGAGCCAAGUCUUGGAAAUCUGAGAGCUCCAGAUGUGAUGGGAACCUGGGGGUGGUGGGUGGGGUGGGUGGGAGGAGACCGUUUGACACAGUUCUGAGUCUGAUCCAAAGAGACAGUGUUGGAAAUUGUUCUAUAAGUAGAUAGGAUUAGAUAAAAGGAAAAUGGAUGGGGUGGGGCGGGGGGAUUCUCAGAGAAUUAUUUUCAGUUCUACAUUGAAUCUGGGAGGAUGAAGCUGGGUAGCAGGAAGUCAAUGAACAAUGAGAACAUUUCCAUGUCUCAACUUGCUUUUACCAACUCCUUUGGAAAGGGUUAUUUUGAUGGUAUCUCCUGGGGAACCAUUGAAGGACCUGGUAUAGGAAAUCACACCUCUUUUUCUCCCAAAACUCUGCCAUUUUAAAGCGUCUUUUAUUGGCAUGCAAACCAUUGUGUAUCCAAAGGUAUUACUGUGAAUCAGACUCCUAAGGAAAGACCUUGUAUAUAACAAAAAAUGAGAACCUGCAACAUGGGAGACAACUGAGUAGAAUUUAGAACACAAAACUGUAGAGCUGAAAAGGACCUCAGAGAUAAUGUAAUAAUACAACCCCUUUAUUGAACAGCUAGCAAGGUGGUAUAGUGGAUAGAGUGCUGGACUUGAAGUCAGGGAAGACUUGAGUUCAAAUCCUGCUUUAGACACUUCCUAGCUAUGUGACCCUGGGCAAGUCAUUUAUCCUCUCAGACCCAAUUAACUGAUCUGUACAAUGGGGAUACUGAUAGCACCUACCUCACAGGGUUGUUGUGAGGAUCUAAUGAGGUAAUAUAUGUAAAAAGCUGUACUAGGUGGAUGCAAACUGUCAUUGUCAUUAUUGUUACAGAGAGGAUAGCUGACACCCAGAGCAAUCACACAGCUGGUAAGUGAUCAUCAGGACCAGAACUGAAAUGUAGUGUACUUUCCAGUCGGUGUAGUAGGAUAAGCCCUGGGUUUUGAGCCAAAGGUGAAGGAUUAGAAUUCUAGCUCUGCCAAUUGUGAGUUGCAUCACCUUGACCAAAUUUCUUCCCUCUCUGGGCUAUAGGUUCCUCUUUUAUAAAAUGUGAGAGGGUUGGACAAGCUCAUCCAGCUCCAAAUUGAUGAUCCUAUGGUCUCUGAGCUCCUAGUGUGUAUAUACAUGGUACAUGCAGCAUUGAGUCCCCAAUAAUCUAGAAUAGUCUUUGGAAGAUCCCAUCUUCUCCCAUCUAGGUCCUUGAAGACAGAAUCGCCUCGGACUUCCUGCUAAGAAGUUGCCCACAGCAGAAACUGCAGAUGAAUCCAGGGGUGGAGAAGGGGUCCUAUGAUUUCAAUAUUGUUCCAUCAGAGAGAGAGAGAGAGAGAUACAUCGAUUGCUUGUAUGACUUAGGCCAUAGGAUCAUUCAUUUCAAGCUGGAAAUUGCUUUUGAGAAUAUCUGGUGCCAGAGCAGCAAUCUGAGCCUAGGUCCCCUGACUUCAGAAUCAGCACUCUUUCCAGCAGGCUAUGAGGAAAAUGGAAUACCACCUAGCUCUAGCAGAAACAUUUGUGCUCAUCUGCAUUCUUGAAAAUUUUUCCAAUUUGGGUUGGAAUUGGUUUCGGAUUGUUUUCAUUGGUUCAUUGAGACAGGGAAGGCUAUACUCCACUACAAGUAUUUGUCCCUGUCCCCUUUUUUUAAAAGAAAGAAAAGAUGUUUGAACUGUGUUUUGUUUCUUUUGUUUUUCUUGACAAAGCCCAUCAUUAAGAGUGGCUAACCCCCAAAGGCACCCAAAUCAAAAAUGGCAUUAAUGGGGACCUCAAACAAGCAGACCGGGCCUUUUAGAAGAGUUUCUCAAACAGGGACCUGGAAUAAGGGCAAAAGAAAGAACUUGCAUUGACUUCAGCUGACUUCAGUUUGGGAGACACCUCGUCUCUAGCUGGGCGGUGUCAUUUGGGGAAUGAUGCUCAGUCUGCCUAGUACCAAAGCACAAACCCUUUGCAGCACUUUCCUGGCUCAGUUGGGCAGCUCCUGAUAUCACUAAAGGGAACUGGCUCGCUUGAGUCUGGGUUGACAUUGGGACCACAUGCUCAACCCUUGAGAUGCGUGAGGUCCACAGAGUAAGACUGGGGAGGUAAGGGGAUGCAAAAACAAAGCAUGGGAGGACAGAAAUAGUACCUAGUUGGGGGUAUCAUAUGGCAAGGCUUUCAAAAUUAGUAUCUCAGGUAAACAAGUGACAUUGAUGGCAAUGGAGAGAUGACCGUGGAAGAAAGUCUUAUCUAAAAGGUAAGAAUGGCUCCUGGGGCCUUGGGAUGAUGGGGUGGGGGCUGCCAGACCCGUUUUUAAGGCUUUGGAUGAUGCUCUGUUCAAAAGAGAAGAGGAGAAAUGUUGUUUGAAUAACCCUCCCCGGCUAGCUAGAAAAAUGUCAAGUUCUAAAGCACAAUGAAAAGGCCAAAAAGAAAGAUCAACCCAGAGAGGCCUGGGAAACUACUUUGGUCUUCAUCACGUAGUGGGAAGUGAAGCAGGGUGGAGGUGACAGGAGAAAGAUGCUCUCUUUGAAUGGCCUGUGACACACUGGUUGUGCACUUGUGAAUGUACUAUUCCUGCUGUUUGCUUCCUUCCACAGAAUUUAAUGCACCUCUGGAGUAAGUUGUUAAUGUUUUCUGGUGCUAAAGGAGAGGAAAUGAUGAUUUUCAGCCCUGCUCUAACCCCCUAAGUGUUUGAGGAAAUUAAAAAAAAACCCUUUUAUUGGCCCUUUUUAUGAAUGUAACAUAAACAUUUCUGUUUGGCAUAUGACACUGCAAUUUUACCAUGUCUGGAAAUUAUUUGCCUUUUUUCUUUUAGAAUAAGCUUUAUAAAUAUUCUGUAGAGUUGAUUGAAGUAUAAUUCUUAAGGAUCAUUCUAAGACGCUUACAAAAUCUUGUAUAUUUUUAAGUGUGCCAAUUUGUAAAAUAUUUUGUAAGUGUAUAUUUUUCUUAGGAAAGUGCUGUGAAGUGUCUGUAUGUGCGAGGUUUCCUUUUUCCGCACCCCUGGGUGUGAAUAAAAGGACAUAUACUUAAAAGUUCCUGGUUUUAAAAACCAAACUAUAAAGAAAAACAAUGAAACUUUUGUUGGGAAUUUUGUAAUAAGAGAUAUGUUGUGAACGAGUGUAGUGACCUUGUGUAAAGAAAACUGGCACAGUGGUGAACUCCUUGCUGUUUUAUAGAACCUUCUUGUAAAUUAUUCUUGUAAUAUUUUUGGUUCUGUUGUUCUUGUUGCGAAGGUUUUAAAUAUUUGUGACUGUAUGGUGAAAAUGUCAUAUUGUUAACUUGCUGAGUUUUGUUAUAUUGUUUAUGGAAUAAAUAAAAAGUUUAAAAUCUUGUUUUAAGAUCAUAUAUGAAGAGAUCCAACCAUUUUUAGUUCAUUAAAUUCUAUCUCCUGAAUGUAAAGAACUUCACUGUUCAGAGUACUAUAUAGGGACGAGGGGAUGAUUUUGCCCCGUUCUGGUGGGUUUGGGCUGGUAGAUGAACAGGGGGCAUUCUUGUAUGAUGGUCCACAUUGGUUCCAGUUCCUCAUCUGAACAACUCUAGUUAUCAAAAGCACCUAAAUUGUUGCUUCUUGUGAGUAAGGAAUGUUUUGUUCAUUGUACUUGUAUCCCCAGUGCCUGGCACGUAGUAGGUGCUCAAUAAAUAUUUGUUGAUUGGUC